AUGGAGGAUAAUCUUGCUGAUGUAUUUGACCAUAGUUUUUCAUGGUAUCUCAUUUGGAAAGUUGUUGUUCCAGCUAAGGUAAAGUUUUUCAUUUGGCGUAUUUUACGAAAUGCUUUGCCUUGUAAGCAUAAUCUUCGAGUUCGUCAUAUGUAUAUUGAUGAGUGUUGCCCCGUUUGUGGUGUUGGUAUGGAAACAGACUUUCAUAUUCUUUAUUGUUGCUCUUUUGCAAGAUCUUGUUGGUUGCUGUCAAAUUUAGGUUGGGUAUCUUUUUCUUCUCUCAACACUAUGUUGUCUUAUGUUCUUACUUUUCUGUCUGUGUCUCAACGUGAAAAGGUUUUUAUAUUGAUAUGGAGCUUGUGGACACACCAUAAUGAUAUUGUAUGGAAUCAGAUUUUUCAGCAGCCUAUUUACAUGGUUAAUAGGGCUAGAGUAGUGUUGGAAGAAUGGCAGCUGGCUCGGUUACAUUUUAGAGUUACAAAUUCUAGUACUAAACCACUAGCUGCAGCAGUUUGGCAACCUCCUUCCCUUGGACAAUAUAAAUACAAUAUAGACAUUUCAGUACAGGCUAAUGGUUCAUAUGGGUUGGGAAUGGUGGUCUGA